CUUCAUGUGUGCAGGCUCAGUGAUGUGCUGGGUGGAGAGAAUUUAUUGUUUAUUUUCGGGGCAAGCUAGCCUGGAAACGUGUAGCUGUCAGCUUAUAUUAAUCGUUGUCACAGUCUAGGAAUAGUCGCGUACCUUAAGAGUGUCCCAUCAGCGUUUUUUUUUUUUUUUGACAAUAUAUAUGAGGUAACAGACAAUCAAGUUAAAGGUAAGUGUUGAUGAUCUUUUAGCAGAAGCUGUUUCUGUAGCUGCAAACUAGCCAGCUAGUUAGCAUCACAUUAAGGCAAGCUGGUUAACGCCAGAUAAGAGUGACAAAAUGUAGAUCGAAAUAGUCCCCUCACUUGUUGCUUUUUUUGUUUUUACACACUGGGCCUGGCUGUGUGCGGAUACAUCACGGUUGCCAGCCGUGGUCAGCAUCACAUUACUCUUUCAUUUUUGAUACUUGAGCUGUCAAAAGGUAUAGUGGAAAACACCUUGAAAAGUCUCCCCAAGGUUGAAACCUAAGGAGCAAGAUGUCCAUUACGAAUGCUCCCACAAGUAAUGAUGCCUGUCUGAGCAUCGUGCACAGCCUGAUGUGCCACCGGCAGGGAGGAGAGAGUGAAAGCUUUGCCAAGCGAGCAAUUGAGAGUCUUGUCAAGAAGCUGAAGGAAAAGAAAGAUGAGCUGGAUUCCCUCAUCACGGCAAUCACUACAAAUGGAGCUCAUCCAAGCAAGUGUGUAACCAUACAACGGACCUUGGAUGGACGCCUUCAGGUUGCGGGGCGUAAAGGCUUUCCUCAUGUUGUCUAUGCCAGACUGUGGCGAUGGCCUGAUCUUCACAAGAACGAAUUAAAACAUGUGAAAUACUGCCAGUAUGCCUUUGACCUGAAAUGUGACAAUGUUUGCGUCAACCCAUACCACUAUGAGAGAGUAGUCUCUCCAGGCAUUGAUUUAUCAGGAUUGACCCUUACAGGUUCAGGUCCACUCAUGGUAAAGGAUGAGUAUGACUAUGACAACCAGCCGUCUCACUCGAGCUCUGACAGCCACCUGCAGACUAUACAGCAUCCCCCGUCAAGGCCCGGUCAACAGGAGAUCUUCAGCAACCCGGCUCUUCUCCCCCCAGCGGAGGGCAGCAGUUCAGCUUCAACGUCUGCUUUUUCUUCAAUCAGUGCUGGACCCUCAAAUCCUGCCCCAAACUGGAGCAGAAACAGCAGCUUCACCCCAGCGGUGCCUCAACAUCAGAACGGACAUCUACAGCAUCAUCCACCCAUGCCUCACACAGGGCAUUACUGGUCAGUUACCAAUGAAAUUGCGUUCCAACCCCCCAUUUCUAAUCACCCGGCUCCAGAGUACUGGUGUUCCAUUGCUUACUUUGAGAUGGACGUACAGGUCGGCGAGACUUUUAAGGUGCCUUCCACAUGUCCGAUCGUGACUGUGGAUGGUUACGUGGAUCCAUCAGGAGGGGAUCGCUUCUGCUUGGGCCAGCUGAGCAACGUCCACAGGACAGAGAACAUUGAGAGAGCCAGGCUUCAUAUUGGCAAAGGUGUGCAGCUUGAGUGCAAAGGUGAAGGAGACGUCUGGGUGCGCUGUUUGAGCGAUCACGCCGUGUUCGUGCAGAGCUAUUACCUGGAUCGAGAGGCCGGCCGCGCCCCUGGAGACGCAGUUCACAAGAUCUACCCCAGCGCUUACAUUAAGGUGUUCGACCUGCGUCAGUGCCACAGGCAGAUGCAGCAGCAGGCAGCCACAGCUCAGGCAGCGGCCGCAGCUCAGGCAGCCGCGGUAGCUGGUAACAUUCCCGGGCCCGGCUCUGUGGGAGGCAUCGCUCCGGCCAUCAGCUUGUCUGCCGCUGCGGGCAUCGGGGUUGACGACCUGCGCAGGCUGUGCAUCCUGCGGAUGAGUUUCGUGAAGGGCUGGGGGCCCGACUACCCACGCCAGAGCAUCAAAGAGACGCCCUGCUGGAUCGAGAUCCAUUUACAUCGAGCUCUACAGCUACUGGAUGAAGUUCUGCACACGAUGCCCAUCGCUGACCCCCAACCUCUUGACUGAAUUAAUAGACCUGAACUCCGCAAAAGAAGAAUAUCAGACUGUACUGUAAACAGACCACUAUAGAUCUGGAGAGCCUAAGGAUUGUAACAACAGGAAUGCUGAGUAGGCCACAGGAGGCCAGGCAGUGUACUCCAAACACACUGUGAGCGGUUUCCAGUAUGCUGGAGUGAGACCUGACUUCCUACAAACAGCUGCAGGAACAUGUGAGUCACUCUGGGAGGAGACCUACAUCGGAAACAUUUUGCCAAGAGGAUGUGCAGGAAAAAUGAAGACAGUAUUCUGACAUUGCUCACCAUUGUUUUGUAUCACAGCACAAAACGUGAAAGUGAAAAACUUUUCUCAAAAGUUGCUCCUCGAUGCAAAAGUACUCACAGAUUGAUGUGAAUAGACGGACAUGUCCACUCCAAGAUGAAAAGACACAGAGGUCUUAUUGAUGUUUACAUGAGCCCCAGUGCUACACAAAACAGAUGUCAUCACCACAAGGGAACUGAGUCAUACUUGGCUGUCAGUCAUGUCUUAAACAUUUCAGUGUUUAACAUGAAUUGAGCCCUCAUGGCUGACAAAAUGCAAAAGGGAGAAUUAUUUGGCUCAAAAGAAGUGAAGCUGGAGAACAACAGGACAACUUGGCACCUUGUUUUUGAUGCAAACCGGUUAUUUAGCCGCUCUGAACAUACAAAAUGUGUUUUCAGUUGGAGUACACUGCCGGUCCAGUCCUCCCUCAUCGGCUCACUGGUGGAUCGGAGUCCCCCCCCCCACACCCCCUUUCCAGAUCAGGACAUUCAUGUAAAGUCAUGUUAUUCAUUAAUACUCUUGUUUUUGUAAGAUGUACUUUUGAAUCUUUUUCAAUGCUUCAUUUAUAUCACCAUCUUUUGAUAGUUGAUUUUAAUCUCAUAAUAAGCCUGUUUUAGCCUCUUCUCUUCUCUCUACACCAUCAAACAUUAGAGUCUCACCAUUCUUUAACCAGUCAGGACGGUUAAUGAGAAAGUCAUAUUUCCUACUCAAGUUUUUCCAAGACUCAAAUUAGUUAAACAUGAAAAAAGAAUUCAAAAGAAAUGAUUAUUGUAACAUCUAUGAUAUGGUUUGUUAUGGUUUUGUUGAUUAGAUGCCCACAUAGUGUCCAUUAGCACUUCACCUGAAUAUUUCUCUUGUUUCUUAGUAUCAUGUGUGGUUACUUGUUGUAUCCAUUUGAUCUUUUAGCUUUGUUGUAAAGUUUUUCUAGAACCAUGAAAAAUGUGUUUUCAGUAUCAAUCCCCCCCCCUCCUCACAGCCAGCUUGGAAAGACAACUGUCUAGAAUACACUGAGCUGUAGUUUGAAAUGUAUCACAUCUUAAACUGCUAAACAACCAUGUUGAAAACCUACAGGGUGGUACUUUGAUACUCAGAUUCUACAUUUUGUGUGGCGCAUCAUUUCAAUAUAACACGGCCACUCUUUUUUUAAAUGAUAGAAUAGUUCAGAUGAAAACUAACCUAAUGUUUUUAGCCAACAGCUGAGAAAAGGAAGUGAGGACUGAACUGUGAAAGGAAGUUGAAGCCAUAUCAAAGCCAAAUAUACAUCUAUGAAAAGUGAAACCAUAAUCAGUCAUGUCAGGGUUUCAUCAAAGCUUGGUUUGAACCUUCAAGAAAAGGCUUUCAGUCAUUUCUCAGCACUGUUGAUGAAACAUUUUUGGGGUACUUGGAGCUGUUUGCGUACAGCUAUUGCAGUAUUUUAUACUCUUGCUACCUUUACAGCGAGAUACCACUGAUCACAUUUGAGAAUAAAAAAGAGCAAUGGUGUUCAAUUUUCAGGAAAUGCAGGUUCACUCUCAUCUGUAUCUUUACAAUGAUGUCAUGCAUACGGAGUUUGGUAUUUACAUUUAUGGAUAUGGUUGAACAAAAAUGUAAUGUGCUAACACUUUGUUUUGUAAGUGGUGUGAUCGUCAUUUGAAUGAAAAUAUGAAAAAGGAAACGCAACGUUCAACAAGAAAACGUUUAUUACUGCAAAGACAAGUCACAAAUCUUUAAGAAAACAACACUAAGAAGCUAGCCUGAGCUGAGAUCUGAAAUAUUCAGAAAAAACAAACUACAUGUGUCUUUAAUAGUUUCUAUAUUCAUCAAUACGACACACUAAAUGAUCAUGUCUUUAUAAAUAUAAAAGUCCCCCAGUUUUCCUUGUUGUUUUUUUCCGAUGUAAAAUACACAAUACAAAUCACCCUACACGCAUUGAUUUGCUCGCCAAGUUGAGAAGAAAAACUAAAUGGCACAUAAAGAAAGUCACAUGAAAUCUGUGUGAAUAUAUAUUAUAUCAGAUACUAUACAUUAUCCAAAAAGAACAAAAAAAAAAAGAAGAGAAGGAAAUCACAAAAGCACUUUAGCCAUACAUAUCUGAUAAAAAUGUUCACUGAAAGAACAAAUCAAAUAAUGAGGACACAAAUAAAUAUACCUUUUUUCAGUUUUUGAUAUAUACAUAUUUCCGUCUAGGGCGAAUCAGCAAAAAAAAAAAAAAAAAAACGAAAACAAUAAUAACUUCCCCAAAUGCCACUGCCAAAUGCUUGUGCUUGCAUUAGAGCGUGCUACAGCUGGCCACGACUCACGACACUGUCAAAUGGCACUUGAAAAACAUCCAAAUACAAAUCUCAAACGGGUCACAGCAUUCAGAAAUAUCAUUUGACAAAAAGAAAUCACGACCAUGAGAAAACGAGUCAAAAGAGAGAGCAUUCUUUACUUACAGUCACUCUCCUUAUUCAGUAACCAGUUCUGUACAAUAAAAAGCCAUUUGUCGGUAAACUCCUAAGUGUG